AUGGCCCAGAUCAACUGGAGAUCAAUCAACGUCGACGCCCUAGACCCCGAAUCGUCCUACAACUUCGACCUCACAACCCUCACACCCGCCAUCGAACCCAUUUCCACCGCAGACGUCCAGACCCUCGCCGGCCAGAUACGGCAACUAUCAAGAGGAGGCAACGCAGAAGGUGCAUUGCGAGGCGCACUCGAGAACCCUCCCUACGGCGCAGACGAUCAGGGCAAACAACUGCACCUCCAAACCGUGAUAGAAAUCCUCCAAUCAAUACGACAAGCCGAAAUGACGCCUAUCCUCCAACGCAUAUAUCAGUCCGAAGGUGGAUCGGAGGUGUGCGAUACGUUGAUGAAGUACCUAUACAAGGGCAUGGCGCAGGGACAGCCUUCCUCGACGGGGGCGAGGAAUGUUACGCCCCAGCCGACGGGGUUCUCGCAGGUGGGUGGGAGGAACUUUGGGGGUGGAGAGGGAGGGGGGCAGGCUAUGAGUGUUUUGCUUAGUUGGCAUGAGAAGCUUGUGGAGAUGGCUGGACCGGGUAGUAUUGUGAGAGUCAUGUCGGAUCGGAGGACUGUCUGA